GUCAGGGGGUUUCGUCAGUCUUCCAUUCACACUUCAAAAUGACUUUACUCAGAGUUAUAAUUUUAGGACUCGUCGCUCCCUGUAUUUUUGUAUACGGAGCAGGUGAAAAUCAGAGCAAGGACUGGUGGAAAACUGCCUCAAUCUAUCAAAUUUACCCACGUUCGUUCAAAGAUAGUGAUGGGGAUGGAAUCGGCGAUCUUAAAGGAAUCAGGGAGAUGUUACCUUACCUCAAAGAAAUUGGUGUGGAUGCGACUUGGCUUUCGCCAAUUUUCAAGUCACCGAUGGCUGACUUUGGUUACGAUAUAUCUGAUUUCUUCGAUAUUCAACCUGAAUAUGGAACAUUGAAAGAUCUGGACGAUCUCAUUGCCACCGCUAAAGAAAUCGGUAUCAAGGUUUUACUGGAUCUUGUUCCAAACCAUUCAAGUGAUGAGAAUGAAUGGUUCAUUAAAUCACUUAACAGAGAAAAAGGAUACGAGGAUUUCUACGUUUGGCAUCCAGGUUACCCCGAUCCGAAAAAUGCUACAAAUCGGUUACCUCCAAGUAACUGGGUUAGUCACUUUAGAUUUUCUGCCUGGACUUGGAGAGAAGAACGUCAAGAGUUUUACUUGCAUCAAUUUCACUAUAAACAACCAGAUUUCAACUACAGAAACCCAGCUGUUGUUCAACAGAUGAAGGAUGUAAUGACAUUCUGGCUGAAACGUGGGAUUGACGGAUUCAGAAUAGAUGCAGUACCAAAUUUAUUUGAAGUCGCCCCCGAUCAAAAUGGAAAAUACCCUGAUGAACCAUUAACUGGCGAAACAAAUAAUCCGGAUGACUACAACUACGUAAAACAUAUUUAUACAGUAAAUCAACCAGAAACUAUUGACAUGGUCUACCAAUGGCGUCAAGUUGUAGAUGAGUUCCAGAGAGAGAACGGUGGUGAUACCAGGAUUCUCUUAACGGAAGCUUAUUCACCCCUUGAUGUAUUAAUGCAAUAUUAUGGGAAUGGCACUGUGAAUGGAUCGCAUGUUCCCUUCAACUUCCAUUUGAUUACGGAACUAAAUGGUACAUCAACUGCUCCAGACUAUGAAAAUGUUAUAAACGAGUGGAUGAAUGCAAUGCCUGCGGGUGGAACAGCUAAUUGGGUGUUGGGAAACCAUGACAACCGACGUGUUGCCAGCCGAUACGGGGUCGAAAAAAUUGAUUUACUUAAUAUGCUUCUUAUGAUUUUGCCUGGAGUCGCCGUAACUUAUAAUGGCGAGGAGAUAGGAAUGACUGAUGUUUGGAUUUCCUGGAAAGAUACUGUUGAUCCUCAAGCUUGUAAUACCGAUCCCUCUCAUUAUGAAGCCGUUAGUCGUGAUGUGGCAAGAACACCUUUCCAAUGGAGUGAUGGCAAAGAUGCCGGAUUUUCAACAAGUUCACACACCUGGCUCCCUAUUGGCUCGAAUUAUAAGCAGGUUAACGUGGAGGGAGAGAGGGAAUAUGUAAGAAGUUACCUUAAUACAUAUAAACGUGCCAAGGAGCUGCGACGUAACACUAAAACCUUCCAAAAUGGAGACUUCAAAAUGUUAGCGAUAAAUGAAAAUGUAAUUGGAAUCAAGAGAUCACUUCAGAAUGAGGACACCUUCGUGAUGGUAGCCAAUGUGGGAUCCAAGGUGGAGAGAGUCAAUUUAUUCGCCUUAGUAGACUCGUUAGGUCUAAUGGAAGUUGUUUUGUCAAGUGGCACUUCUUCCAGAAGGAUUGGGGAUGUGGUCCACCCUGUGGAGGUGAUACUUCUACCAGAUGAGGCAUUGUACUUGCGAACAAAGGAAUAACAUUUCUUCUAAUAAUACUAUAAUAAUUUAAUGGGAAAUAUAGAUAUAUAUUUGGUACUGAAUAAUAAAG